AAGCUUAAUGGCAAGAUGAAGUGGAUGCUUUUAACAGUUUUGGGGAUAUUGCCCUUCAGUCCGACUCAGGCACAACCACCACCGCCACCACCAACACUGACAUUACCCCUGCGUACAACACCACCAACAACAGCACCUUGGAUAAAACCGACGUAUUUGGUUGUGACUCCAAAAGUGUUAAGACGUGGAAUAGACCUUGAGAUAGGAGUAUGUAUUCUCUAUGGCCUUGGACCAGUGACGGUGACUGCAAAGGUUACCAAAAAAGGACAAACAUAUGUGGGAACUGCCACUAUAGCACCUGGAACCUCAGCUGUUAUCGCUAUACCUAUUCCUGCCAGUGCAGAUGAAGGGGUCUACACAUUGACGGUAUCGGGUUCAGGAGGUUUACGCUUCAAAGAUACCACAACAUUGACCCUUGACCCCCAUAGUGUCUCGGUUUUCAUUCAAACUGACAAGGCUAUCUAUAAACCUGGACAAGAAGUUAAGUUUCGAGUGUUUGGUAUUAAGCCAGACUGCAGUCCUCUUGAUGAACCCUUGGACAUAUUCAUCUCGGAUAAGAAUAACAACAAGAUAAAACAAUGGUUGAAUCAGAAGGAAACAUCUGGGGUCAUCUCAAAGUCUCUACAGUUAUCAGAC